AUGACAGCCGCCAUGUUGCGUCUCCGCUUCUACCAGCGGGUUUUACGUCCAGCCAUUGUUUAUCCUCUAGCUAAUGAGGGCUCAAGAAACAGGGCUCAAGACAUAGAGCUCAAGGCAAGACACAAGAUACAGGGCUCAAGAGGGAAGACAAAGAUCACAGGGCAUUGGGCACAAGGCACAGGACUCAAGACAGGACACAAGAUACAGGGCUCAAGGCAAGACACAAGAUACAGGGCUCAAGGCAAGACACAAGGUACAGGGCAUUGGACACAAGGUACAGGGCAUUGGACACAAGGUACAGGGCUCAAGGCAAGACACAAGAUACAGGGCUCAAGGCAAGACACAAGGUACAGGGCUCAAGGCAAGACACAAGGUACAGGGCUCAAGGCGAGACACAAGGUACAGGGCUCAAGGCAAGACACAAGAUACAGGGCUCAAGGCAAGACACAAGGUACAGGGCUCAAGGCAAGACACAAGAUACAGGGCUCAAGGCAAGACACAAGAUACAGGGCUCAAGGCAAGACACAAGAUACAGGGCUCAAGGCAAGACACAAGGUACAGGGCUCAAGGCAAGACACAAGGUACAGGGCUCAAGGCAAGACACAAGGUACAGGGCAUUGGACACAAGGUACAGGGCUCAAGGCAAGACACAAGAUACAGGGCUCAAGGCAAGACACAAGGUACAGGGCUCAAGGCAAGACACAAGAUACAGGGCUCAAGGCAAGACACAAGGUACAGGGCUCAAGGCAAGACACAAGGUACAGGGCUCAAGAGGGAAGACAAAGAUCACAGGGCAUUGGGCACACGGCACACGACUCAAGGCAAGACACAAGAUACAGGGCUCAAGGCAAGACACAAGAUACAGGGCUCAAGGCAAGACACAAGAUACAGGGCUCAAGGCAAGACACAAGGUACAGGGCUCAAGGCAAGACACAAGAUACAGGGCUCAAGGCAAGACACAAGGUACAGGGCUCAAGGCAAGACACAAGAUACAGGGCUCAAGGCAAGACACAAGGUACAGGGCUCAAGGCAAGACACAAGGUACAGGGCUCAAGGCAAGACACAAGGUACAGGGCUCAAGGCAAGACACAAGGUACAGGGCAUUGGACACAAGGUACACGACUCAAGGCAAGACACAAGGUACAGGGCUCAAGAGGCAAGACAAAGAUCACAGGGCAUUGGACACAAGGUACAGGGCUCAAGGCAAGACACAAGGUACAGGGCUCAAGAGGCAAGACAAAGAUCACAGGGCAUUGGGCACACGGCACACGACUCAAGGCAAGACACAAGAUACAGGGCUCAAGAGGCAAGACACAAGGUACAGGGCUCAAGAGGCAAGACAAAGAUCACAGGGCAUUGGGCACAAGGCACACGACUCAAGGCAAGACACAAGAUACAGGGCUCAAGAGGCAAGACAAAGAUCACAGGGCAUUGGGCACAAGGCACACGACUCAAGGCAAGACACAAGAUACAGGGCUCAAGAGGCAAGACAAAGAUCACAGGGCAUUGGGCACACGGCACAGGACUCAAGGCAAGACACAAGAUACAGGGCUCAAGGCAAGACACAAGGUACAGGGCUCAAGGCAAGACACAAGAUACAGGGCUCAAGGCAAGACACAAGGUACAGGGCUCAAGGCAAGACACAAGAUACAGGGCUCAAGGCAAGACACAAGGUACAGGGCUCAAGGCAAGACACAAGGUACAGGGCUCAAGGCAAGACACAAGAUACAGGGCUCAAGAGGCAAGACAAAGAUCACAGGGCAUUGGGCACACGGCACACGACUCAAGGCAAGACAUAAGGUACAGGGCUCAAGGCAAGACACAAGGUACAGGGCUCAAGGCAAGACACAAGGUACAGGGCUCAAGGCAAGACACAAGGUACAGGGCAUUGGACACAAGGUACAGGGCUCAAGGCAAGACACAAGGUACAGGGCUCAAGGCAAGACACAAGAUACAGGGCUCAAGAGGCAAGACAAAGAUCACAGGGCAUUCGGCACACGGCACACGACUCAAGGCAAGACACAAGGUACAGGGCUCAAGGCAAGACACAAGGUACAGGGCUCAAGGCAAGACACAAGGUACAGGGCUCAAGGCAAGACACAAGGUACAGGGCUCAAGGCAAGACACAAGGUACAGGGCUCAAGGCAAGACACAAGGUACAGGGCAUUGGACACAAGGUACAGGGCUCAAGGCAAGACACAAGGUACAGGGCUCAAGGCAAGACACAAGAUACAGGGCUCAAGAGGCAAGACAAAGAUCACAGGGCAUUGGGCACACGGCACACGACUCAAGGCAAGACACAAGGUACAGGGCUCAAGGCAAGUCACAAGAUACAGGGCUCAAGAGGGAAGACAAAGAUCACAGGGCAUUGGGCACAAGGCACAGGACUCAAGACAGGACACAAUGCUCAAGACACAGGGCACAAGACGCAAGGCACAAUACAAAAGGCAUAGGGUACAAGUCACAAGAUACAGGGCUCAAGAGGCAAGACAAAGAUCACAGGGCAUUGGGCACAAGGCACAGGACUCAAGACAGGACACAAUGCUCAAGACACAGGGCACAAGACGCAAGGCACAAUACAAAAGGCAUAGGGUACAAGUCACAAGAUACAGGGCUCAAGAGGCAAGACAAAGAUCACAGGGCAUUGGGCACAAGGCACAGGACUCAAGACAGGACACAAUGCUCAAGACACAGGGCACAAGACGCAAGGCACAAUACAAAAGGCAUAGGGUACAAGUCACAAGAUACAGGGCUCAAGAGGCAAGACAAAGAUCACAGGGCAUUGGGCACAAGGCACAGGAUUCAAGACAGGACACAAUGCUCAAGACACAGGGCACAAGACGCAAGGCACAAUACAAAAGGCAUAGGGUACAAGUCACAAGAUACAGGGCUCAAGACACAAGGCACAAUACACAAGGCAUAGGGUACAAGUCACAAGAUACAGGGCACAAGACGCAAGGCACAAUACAAAAGGCAUAG